AGCAGCAGACUGUUGCUUUCUCGGCUGAUGUUAUACUCUAAAUUUAGGAGAUAAAUACUUGACAUUAUUAAUCUAGUUUACCGUCACUACUUCAGACAUGAGCUUGACGUUUCUUUAAAAGCCGUGGACAAAAGGGAAAUGACAUGUCAACGACAGAAAAAACUCAACGCCGAGGUCUGCUGCAGUGAAGUUUACUACUACUGUUGUCGUCCAUAACAAAAGAGAGAGAGGGGACGCUUUUCUCUCCUUUUUUUUAUUUUUAUUGUGCGAUUAUUCGACGCCAUCGUGCUGCUAAAUGCCUCGGGAAGAUUUUACAAUGCAACACGUACUCGUCUGCUGUGUUUGUGUCGUGAAAGCAGGACAUGGAGCAAGGGGAAGGACCAUCUGAGUAACAGAGAUCAACACAUUUAGUUCAAGAGCUUUUUUUCCCUCACCUUCAUUUUAAAAAUCACAAAAUCACACUGACACCAGAUUUCAAUCAAGCCAACUAAAUGUAAAGGGAUCGUUUGAGUCAAGCCACCAUGGAUAUCUUCCCCCGGCCAAGCGGUGAGAUCCAGAGGAGAAACCCUCAGCAUGACUUUGAGCUCAUCCAGAGGGUGGGAAGUGGCACAUAUGGAGACGUGUACAAGGCUCGAAACAUACAAACGGGAGAACUCGCUGCAGUGAAGAUCAUAAAGUUGGAGCCAGGGGAUGACUUUUCCAUCAUACAGCAGGAAAUCUUCAUGGUGAAGGAAUGCAUGCACCACAAUAUUGUGGCCUACUUUGGGAGCUACCUCUGUCGAGAGAAGCUGUGGAUAUGUAUGGAGUACUGUGGUGGAGGAUCUCUGCAGGACAUUUAUCAUGUGACGGGACCUCUGUCAGAGCUUCAGAUAGCAUACGUCUCCAGAGAGACCAUACAGGGUUUGGGAUACCUGCACAGCAAGGGCAAGAUGCACCGUGACAUCAAGGGAGCCAACAUACUUCUAACAGACAACGGAGAUGUGAAGUUAGCUGACUUUGGAGUUGCAGCCAAAAUAACAGCCACCAUUGCCAAAAGAAAGUCCUUCAUUGGAACACCUUAUUGGAUGGCUCCAGAAGUAGCAGCGGUGGAGAAGAACGGCGGCUACAACCAGCUGUGUGAUAUCUGGGCUGUUGGCAUCACGUCCAUAGAGCUGGCCGAGCUACAGCCGCCAAUGUUUGACCUACACCCGAUGAGGGCUUUGUUUUUGAUGUCCAAGAGUAGCUUCCAGCCUCCGAAGCUAAAAGACAAAAACAAAUGGUCUGCUGCCUUCCACAACUUUGUCAAAGUGUCUCUGACAAAGAACCCAAAGAAGAGGCCCACUGCAGAGAAACUCCUAUCACACGUGUUUGUGGCACAGACGGGUUUGACAAGGAGGCUCGCUGUCGACCUCCUAGAUAAGAUGAACAACCCAGACAACCACCAGCAUUACAGUGAGGUUGACGAUGAUGACCUCGAGCCUCUCUCUGCAGUCAGACACACCAUUCGCUCCACCAACAAACAUGCCAGAGCUGAGAGGACACGCUCAGAGAUCAACUCAAACAAUGGGACAGACCAAGGAAGGCCAAGUCCUAGCUUCACUGAGCAACACAGGGGGGACGCAGUUGACAAGCUCCAGUUUGAACCACCUCUACGGAAGGAAACCGAAGCUCACUCUGAAAUGGAUGUGAGUAAAGAUAAUGACUUCCCUUCCCCCUGGAGUCCCUUUGCAGAGGGAGGAAUAACAACCAGAGGACACAUUGCCCAUCUUGAAGACGCUUUUGAGGAAGUAGAGCUGUCAACCCUCAAGCCAGGGGUUCCUCCUCCUCUGCCCCCGAAGGUGAUCCCCAAAAUUCCACACUUAAACAACCCGUCAGAGGAGAUCGGCCUUAAUGAUGAGAGGUGUCUGACAGUUCGGAGGUUCCCUAACUCGGAGAAUGGACCGAGCCAGGUGGCACGCAGACAGAGCACACCGGAGCAGGGCAACAAGGUGGAGCACUCAUCUCCAGAUUUCCUUUCUGCCAGCGUCAGCAGCCCGGGCCUUUUGUCUCAUGCCUCAGAUCCUGAGGAGGACUCGGAUGGCAGCGUGAACGGUGAAAAUCCCAAACCACCACCGAACCGGCAGCAACGGAAGGAGAAAAAGGAUUUCCCUAAACCUGCUAUCAACGGCCUGCCUCCCACUCCUAAAGUACUGAUGGGAGCCUGUUUCUCUAAAGUGUUUGAUGGCUGUCCACUGAAGAUCAACUGUGCCACAUCAUGGAUUCAUCCAGACACCAAAGAUCAGUACCUAAUCUUUGGGACGGGGGAUGGCAUCUAUACGCUGAAUCUUAAUGAGCUGCAUGAAGCCACAAUGGAGCAGCUGUUCCCGAGGAAAUGUACAUGGCUGUACGUUAUCAACAACAACCUGAUGUCUUUAUCAGGAAAAACCUUCCAGCUGUAUUCCCACAACUUGAUCGGGCUGUUUGAGCAGCUGAAGAAGCCCGGCUUGGCUGCUCAGUUCCAGACUCACCGCUUCCCAGACAAAAUUUUACCCAGGAGGUUUGCCUUGACGACUAAGAUCCCCGACACAAAGGGCUGUCACAAGUGCUGCAUUGUGAGAAACCCGUACACCGGCCACAAGUACCUGUGUGGAGCGCUGCAGUCUGGGAUUGUCUUGUUGCAGUGGUAUGAGCCUAUGCAGAGGUUUAUGCUCAUCAAGCACUUUGACUUCCCUCUUCCCAACCCGCUGAAAGUGUUCGAGAUGCUCGUGGUCCCAGAGCAGGAGUAUCCUCUGGUGUGUGUGGCCAUCAGCCAGGGCACCGAGCCAGGCCAGGUGGUCCGCUUCGAGACUAUCAACCUCAACUCCUGCUCGUCCUGGUUCACAGAGAUUGGAGCAACUAAUCAGCAGGUGGACGCCAUCCAUGUCACCCAGCUGGAAAGAGACACCGUGUUGGUGUGUUUGGACCAAAAUUUGAAGAUUGUUAAUCUCCAGGGACGACUGAAGUCCAACAAAAAGCUGGCAUCUGAGCUCAGUUUUGACUUCUGCAUUGGAUCUGUUGUGUGCCUUCAGGAUAGCGUCCUGGCCUUCUGGAAACACGGCAUGCAGGGAAAGAGCUUUAAGUCUAAUGAGGUCACGCAGGAGAUUUCUGAUCCCCACAGAGUCUUCCGCCUCCUUGGCUCUGACAGGGUGGUGGUCCUGGAGAGCAGACCAACAGAUAACCCCACAGCCCUCAGCAACCUUUACAUUUUAGCAGGUCAUGAGAACAGUUACUGAUCGUCUGCCGGAGACCUGAAGGCUCCCAGAGGAGUGGACGAGACGCCUCAAUUUUUUAAAAGUUUUGG